AUGUGUUUAACACGUAUAACGAAAGCUUUUUUUUGUUCAGUCAUCUUUUUUGCACGUCUGGAUUAUUCGCCGUAUGGUCGCGGCUUAGAAAUGUACGACUCAUCGUAUGCGUCUUAUGUGAGCUUUUUUCAUAUAGAAAAAAGUCAACGGCAUCCUGUUUUAAAUGUAUUUAUUGAUAUUGUUCGGCAACGUCUUAUUGACAUAAGAAAAUUAAAAUAUAAAUUAUCGAUUGGUAAAAAUCAAGAAAAAUACGAACAAGAUAAAUUAUCACAGAUUAGACGUUUUCGUUGGGCAUUAGCUUAUACAUUAAUUAAAAACGAACAAUUAAAACGUUACCGAAAACAUCGAUUAUGCUCGAAUAGAGUAACUCAAUCGAAAACAUUAGAAAGAAUUUUCGAUAAAAUUGGUUUAACACAAACAUUACCAAGAAAAUUUUAG